ACAGGCAGAGCGGCGUGCGCCUGGCGAGACAAAGGCGGCGGACCAGGGAACAGCUAAGAAAAAGAGGUUAGCUAGAUCCAGAUACAAUUUACGGGAGGUAAUGUGCAUUAAAAUGUAAUAAACUGCGAACUGAUACGAAAAAUGACGAGCCGCUAAACGACAUCUGGCUGGAAUAGGUUAUCAUCGACAGCCUGUCCCUUCUCAUUCGUUUUUUAAAAAAAUUAUCCAACGCCCCCCAAUUUAGCGAGCUAGCUAGCAUUAGCGCACUGGUCGCCACUCACCAUUCCUUCAAGAAUCAAAAGAGAGGAACUCAAUAAAAUCGGGAGUUGGCCAAAGGAAAAGAUCGCUUUUACACCCACAGGCGACCCAAGAUUGGAUGUUCAUCCUCGGGGACUAUGCCUAGCCCCUUAUUCCACCCCGAGAUUAUGGACCACGACAUGGUAGUGAGCAGCCAGCACAACGGGGUCAGCCUGCCCCGAGAAACGGAUCAGGAGUCCCGGGACGAGGGCCAUCAGGAGGUUCUCCGCUUCGCCAUGGACCAGCUGUCACUUAUGGCCCUGGAGAAGGUGGACUGUGGGGGCGGUGGUGGAGGGCACGUUGACCCACUCGACGAGAACCAGGGUCCAGUCUCCGAGAAUUGCAACGGCGGUUAUGUCAACCUGCAGUUGCUGGAGCACCCAGGAGGCUCCCGGGAAUCCCCGACGUCCUGCUCCCCGUCUCCAGAGUACUAUGGAUCGGGCGGGUACCACAUGGCUGGCCCGCACUCUCACUCCAUGCUCGGGGAACAAAACUCAAUUAUCUGCAAUCGUAAAAGGAGUGUCAACAUGACCGAAUGCGUACCUGUGCCCAGCUCCGAGCACGUUGCUGAAAUAGUGGGAAGACAAGGCUGUAAGAUCAAGGCACUGCGUGCGAAGACCAACACCUACAUAAAGACCCCGGUGAGGGGCGAGGAGCCCGUGUUCAUCGUGACAGGGCGCAGGGAGGACGUGGAGAUGGCCAAGCGGGAGAUCGUCUCGGCGGCCGAGCACUUCUCCAUGAUCCGGGCGUCCCGCUGCAAGGCUGGGGCCACGGGUACAGGAGCACCCGGGGCGGGGGGAGCAAUCCCAGGACCCCCACACCUGCCUGGACAGACCACCAUACAGGUUCGGGUGCCAUACCGUGUGGUUGGGUUAGUGGUUGGUCCCAAGGGGGCGACCAUCAAGCGCAUCCAGCAGCAGACCCACACCUACAUCGUGACACCCAGCCGGGAGAAGGACCCUGUGUUCGAGGUGACUGGCAUGCCAGAGAAUGUGGACCGAGCCCGGGAGGAGAUCGAGACACACAUCACCUUGCGGACCGGGGCCUUCGUGGACCUCCAGGGAGACAACGACUUUCACACCAACGGAACCGACGUUAGCUUAGAGGGCCUGGGCUCGCUGGGCGCUGCUCUCUGGUCUCGGGCCAACAACCACCAUGCUGCCCCUCCACCCCCACCUCCUCCUCCACCACCGCCCCUCCCGCUGGCCAUGCACCACUCAUCUGGGAGGAAGCUGUCCUCCUUGGCCUCCUACCAUCAACAUAAGGGAGGGAUGGGCUCUGAGAGCUACAGCGCCCCCAGGAGGGCCACAGAGGGAGACAGCCCAACCAGCCCCUUCAGCACAGGCUCCAGCAGCGCUGGAGGAGGCGGGUUCACCCCUGGCCUCCCCUCUGAGGAGCUGGGCUUUGAGUUCAGCGCCGCCAACAUCUGGGCACCCUUCGUCAAUGGAGGAGGAGGGAAGGUCCCAGGCUCCUCCCAGCAGCAACCUCUCCGCCGAAACAGCAGCGGCCUGAGUGGAGGCGCCAUCACACCCCGCCUGUCCCCCACCCUGCCCCCUGACGCCGUGGUGGGACCCCUGGAUCAUCCUAUGGCCCGCCGGGCCCAGAGCGACCCCCUCAGUGCCCUCUCAUGGCUGCAGUCGGGCGGUACUGGUGCAGGGACCAUCUCCGGAGGAUCUAGCUCCAGCUCCGGAGGCUCAUCCACCGGUUACUCCUCCUGCUCAGCCUCCUCCCUGCCCGGAGGCUCUCCCACAGACUCAGAGGGCGGGGGCAGUGGAGUGGGCCUGGCCUCUGGCAUGCUGGGCCGGCUGAAGCCUGCGGCAGGCUCUGGGGCUGGAGGUCUGAUUGGUGUAGGGCCAGGGGGCGGGAGCAGGGACUGUUUUGUGUGCUUUGAGAGCGAGGUGACAGCGGCCCUGGUGCCCUGCGGCCACAACCUCUUCUGUAUGGACUGCGCCGGACAGAUCUGCCAGUCCGCUGAGCCCGAAUGCCCUGUCUGCCACAUCCCUGCCACACAGUGCAUCCGCAUCUUCUCCUAAUGAACCCCCACCCAAAGACAAGGGAGAGAAGUGGAGGUGAGAGGAGGAGGGUGUCAUCUUAAAAAACAUCACUUUUUUCCCUCUCUGACUAUCCAACAGAACUGCAGUGGGGCAUCAACUGUGGAGGAACGGACACCAACAACCUUUGCUAUUAGGAUGGGCUAUAAUGAUUACAAUAUUAGAAAUGACACUAUAAAGAUGUUGAUUUAAUUAUAAUAACUAUGACAAGAAUAAUGGUAGUAAUAAUUAUUAUUAUUAUUUCCAGACGGGCUGAUUUUGGUUCAUUCUGCAGACUGCAGAAGUAGUUGGAUCACGAGAUUUCACGGUGGACUUGUGUCUUAUCUUUCUUCAGGCCUUCAUUCUGACCUGGACAAGUUUUCAGGACUCAGCCUCUAGGUUGUCUGUCUGUAUAGUUUUCAUUCCCUCGCGUCUUCUUCAGAUAUCUCUGCCUGCUUCUUUCACAAUCCCUUUCCUUUGCCACUUUUGUAAUUAAUAACAUAUAUUUUUCGACGGAGCUGCCUAGACCUGCACCUUUCUGGUUUCUUUCCGAUGUUCUUUGACAGGAUACGAAACACUGUUUUUCUGGUCUUCUCUGUUCUCUCUAACUCUCUCUUUCUCUCAUGCUAUAGUAUAGUGAUGUAAAGGAAAGGCUUUGGGAUUGUGGUAUGAGCCUGGAACUUACUUUAAAACGGGCACAGAAAGAGACACCUAUGAGACAAGGCUGAGGGACCUCAUAGAUGUUAUGAAUGAAGACUGAAACACUUAAGAUAUUUAUGCUGUUCAAAAACUGAUAUUCGAUGUCUUGGUUUUAACGACCAGUAUAGGAAUAAUAUAAUAGUUUUAAGUUAUUUAAGGAAUAUCAGUAGUAAUGCCAUAAGGUCAGUUACUCAGUCCCUGUUGGUCUGUCUUUCUCUCAAACCCUCUCUUCCUAUCUACCCUCCCCUCCCCUUCAAUAGUUCCAGAGUUGGGCUUUGUUUCUGGUUCGAUUGAAUGAAGCGGAGCCGAGCCUUGUAUUAAACCCUACUGUUGUAUUCCACGUCGAAUGCUCAGCUGACAACAGAAUGUGUAAUUGAAACAAACAUGUCUUUUUUUGGCUCCAUUCCUCUUUCUUCCCCUUGUGGAGCUCAGUGUAGACACCUAGCCAUCCACAUGACAAACUAAACCCAGUCCACCCAGAUCUUCUAUCUGAUUUGGACAGCUAAAUAUUUUUUAGAACGGUUUUGGCUUUUUCACCGUAAACUGUGGCCCGGUUUGUCCCUCACUUCUCGUCUGUCUGUCUCUUUGUCUGUCUGUCUGUCUCUCUUUCUCUGUCUGUCUCUCUUUCUCUGUCUGUCUCUCUUUCUCUGUCUGUCUGUGUUUCUCUCUCUUUGUGUGUUGAAGUCCAACAGGAGUAUAUUGGUCUUGGUGAUGUCACACACACACACACACAGGAAUGUCUCUGCCAAUAGGGAUCUUGGUUAAGAGGAGGCGGCCCGUCCCCAGUAUUAAGGGGCGUCAGAAUGAGCCGUCUCUCUCUGCACUGCAAACCUUGAGCGACACAUUGUAACGUUUUUAUCCCCCAGCUAAGCUCUUUUUCUCCUAGUCUAACCCCGGAUCACCCAGCCCAUGCGGCAGUGGCAUCCUGGGAGAUAUGUUUUCUGUCUAUUUUCUUUCUAGUUCACAUCAACUGCCUCUCUCCUAUGGUGUUUUUAACUAUGAUGUGGACAGGUUGGUUUUGUUGUGACGGUACGGUACACAGUUGUAGUAUGUAGCCCUUUGAACGUAUGUACGGAUGUAUUCGUAGAAUGAGACAAGCCAUGAUAAACAAGAUUAAAAACAGGGCUUCCUAUGAGCACACACACUACAUUUUCAGGUGUUUAACGUUCUCAUUGGUGACAACAGCGAGAGUAAUAAAUGUAUCCAAUAUGGCAGCUAGUAGCUAUUUCAUCCAGGGCUUCCAGACACUAUGUGUUCAAACCCAAACAGCUGCAGAAUGUGUUGCUUGUUCUUUUCUCUCUGGUCCAAGUCUAUAGAACAGUAGUCAACCUUGUUUUUUGGUCAACCCUGUUAGUACCGGUCUGUCUCAGUGGUCAACCCUGUUAGUACCGGUCUGUCUCGGUGGUCAACCCUGUUAGUACCGGUCUGUCUCGGUGGUCAACCCUGUUAGUACCGGUCUGUCUCGGUGGUCAACCCUGUUAGUACCGGUCUGUCUCGGUGGUCAACCCUGUUAGUACCGGUCUGUCUCGGUGGUCAACCCUGUUAGUACCGGUCUGUCUCGGUGGUCAACCCUGUUAGUACCGGUCUGUCUCGGUGGUCAACCCUGUUAGUACCGGUCUGUCUCGGUGGUCAACCCUGUUAGUACCGGUCUGUCUCGGUGGUCAACCCUGUUAGUACCGAUCUGUCUCGGUGGUCAACCCUGUUAGUACCGGUCUGUCUCGGUGGUCAACCCUGUUAGUACCGGUCUGUCUCUGUGGUCAACCCUGUUAAUUCACGUCCAUUGUCUGUGAACAAAUUAACAGAAGGCCCUGUUCCAAUACUUUUCAACUGCAGCCUUCCUUUCUCCCCUCACACCUUGAGGUACUAUUCAGUGAUCUACCAUGUGUGGACAGGUGUUCCUAGCAAUAAGGUCACUUCAGAUCAGUGACUGCCUUCAGGGAGGGAGAAGGAAAAUAUGCAUUUGAAGAGAAUGAACACUCUUCACAUAGGCAGAGCUGAAGCCAAGCUACUUUUUAACAAUCCACUUCUGUGUGUCUAAGAUGCGUGACUAAACGAGCUAGCCAAGUGAAGGGGACAGCAGCUUGACGUCUUAAUCUGUAAUCUAAUAGUCAACCCUCAUUUAGAUGCACAAUAUCUCCCCCAACUUGAAACACUCUCCAUGUCUACAGAUGUGCAGCUAGUAGCCACUGAGGACUCCCAUUUUACUGAAGACUACUCUAAUGGUGCGUUGGUGCAAACUUGCUACUGACACAGAUACUGUUUUUAGAAAAAAGGAACGGCCAUCUAGGGCAGCACAGGGGCACAGCGUCCCCUCUCCUGCUCCUCUUUUAAGAAUGAACUGUACAACCCUGACCACCCCGUGGUCUCUUUCUCUCUACCCUCAACAUGAGAGUGAUCGAUCUGUGUAAACUGGCAACCUGUCCCUGCUGGGCUUGAUGUCAAACAUUUAGUUAUCUCUGCUCCUUCAGACACAAGUUAGGUGCAGGGGAGGACGUGACCAUGUCUUUUUAAAGGAACAGCUAGACUGAGUGUUUGUGUGAGUCUCCUUUAGUGUUAAGUGGAGGCCAAUUUUAAAAGGGCCCCUUUUUUCCAGAACUGCCCAUGACUUCUGUCACUUAAUGUCCGUAGUUGAAUUUGCCAGGUGGUUCUGGUGUAGGUUCUGGUCUGGUUGUUUCACUAGUAAACUCUUUCCCCAUGGUCCAGAGUGUUAUGGUAAUGUACAGUAACAAACAGCUAAAAGGUACAGAAUAUUCUCAUAUUCUGCAGAUUCAUUUUUUUCUGAACUUCACCCCUCUCCUUUAGGUUUGAAAACAGGGUUUAUAGAGGCUCGUUGAGGAAUGACCUCUGACCUUUUUGUGACAGAGGUGGGCCCAGAGAGUGCCACGCCCAUCUGGGCAAGCCGCUCCCCCUGAAACUCUGCCUUUCUAUUUGCUUUAAUUCUUUUUGUAUGCAGAACCAAAAUGUUACAUCAGCAAACAAGGUUUCAGGCCUGACUUGUAUGUAUAUACCCUGAAUACAAUCAAUGGGAUCUCGUUUUUAAAAAAGUUACCAGACUUAAGUAAUGAAGUUAAGUGUAGUUUUUAAAAACAUGUAUAAUUAUUUGUAAGUUAACCAUAUGCAUGUCUUCAAGCCAUCAGGCAUUAGAGGGGAGAAACUUUUUACACAUUUUUAUUUUUACAAUUUAUUUGCUUAAAUACCUAAAUAUCCCAGACAAUAAUGUGACCCUUUUUUUAUUACUUCUAAAUGAUUUUUUUAUUUCCCAUAUUUUCCCCUUUAUUUCCUGUGUACUACAUAUACAUAUAGCCAAUUUUAUAACAAAAUGAGAAAAUUAUUGAAGAAAUUUUUAAAUUGAAAUAUAUUUUAUUUGAAAGUUUAUGGACCUUUUAACCGUGAGCCGGAACAAUUGUAUACGCAUAUCAUUUGAGCUGACUUGACGGUUAUGAGAAAUGUAUCAAGAGUUUUAUUUUUUAUGCUUCUUUAAUAAAAUCUUGUUUUUGGUUUCUUUUUUUACUGUAAAACAAUAA